AUGGAUACACCAAUCAAUGCCCCUCAGUAAUCUAUAAAUGGAGCCUUUUAAAAUAGGAACAAAGAUGCACUAAGUUUAAGUCAAACACCUUCUAAUUUAUUAAAUAGUUAGAAACGAUUACAAAAUCCGAACAGGCUGGAUUAGAUUGGCUCUCAGUAAAAUCACGAUUUUAAUCUCUUUACUCAUCAUAAGCUCUCUCAGUAGGACCGUUAACUUAUUGAAAAUUAUGAGACUCUUAAAGAAGCCCUGUUAGAACUGUAUCUCUCAGUCAAAAUUCGCUCGGAUGAUGAAAUCGAUGCUUAUACAGAAGAUCAAUUCAAAGUCGAGAAAGAGUAAAUGAGGGAAGUAGACGGAUUCACUUUGAUAGAUUAUAUUAAAAGCUCAAUAGAGAUUCUUAUGAAUAUGAAGAUUGAGGAAAAUGAACUUUAGCAGGAGUAACUUAAGGAAGAGGAUGAGGUCUCUGAGUAGUUCAAUUUUGACAGUAAAAAGCUAAAAUAAGAUAAGCUAUUUAAGAAAGGAUUUAGAAGAGAGAGGACGAUUCCUAAAAUAGAUGAUAAAACGCCAACAUCUAGCAUUAUCGAUUUAUAGAAGAAACUUGACUAAAUAUCAUCACCAACUUCUUCAUCAUCGAAUUCCUCAAUUCCAGCAGCUCACAAAGAAUAUGAAAAAUGUUUGAGAGCGCUUGAGAAUGAAUGCAGAAAUCAUAUCAAGGUUGAAUAACAAAUGAAAUUGCACAUCGAAUGCCUCUAGGAGAAACUAGAUUAAAUUACUAAAGAAAGAGAUGAUUUCUAAGCAACUAACGAAGCAAGUCUUGGCAAGCAUAAGCAGGAGAUUGAUAAAUUGAGUAAAAUUAUAAAGACUUUGGAGGAAGAGUUAAUGAAUAAGGCUGAAAAGAUUAAGUAGACUGAAAAUACUCUCUUAAAAUAGAUUGAAGAUUUCAAUUCCUAGGGCUUCAAAUUAAAAGAACUAUAAAAGUAGUAUGACAAGAUGAAGAAAGAAAAUGCAAAGAUGUCACGGAAUAUAUAGAAUAUUUAAGUGAGUCAAGCUCUAGAGAAUAACAACUCUUAGAACAUAGAAUAUCAAGAUUAAAGCAAGCAAAUAGGAAAUGUUUAGAGAUCGAAUUCUGAGAUGGGUAACUACAAUAACAAUGGAAGUAUUAUAAAGCCUAUUAAUAGUUCAAGAGAAUCUAGUCUUAACAAAAUUCCCAAGCUCUCAGUUUCUGUAAUGGAUGUUUAAAGAGAUUCAGUUACUGAAAGAAAUUCAAAGGCUAGCAACCAAACUAGUAGCUAGAAUAAUAAUAAUCCAUAUUUCAUAGAUUCUUUCAACAGACUUAAUAAGCAUGCACUCUAGUCAGAUGCUAUCAAAUCAAUGAGUAAUUUCAAUCAUCCAGGAAAUUUAAGCAGCGGUGGUGGAAAUGGUUCUUCAGAUAUAACUACUAGAAAUAGCAAUAAUGCUAUGAUAGAUGGACACAAAAGAAGCAAAUCUUAAUCUUAAAUGGGUUAACUUGCAAAGUAAAUCAAUGUUAUCAGCAGCAAGCAUCAUCAAAUAAACAUAAAUGGUCAACAGAUCACAUCUGAUCAAAAUAAUUAAGCUAAUUUCUCGUCCAGUUUCUUCAAAAACAAUAAAAACUAAUUAGCAGUAGGUGUUUCCAAUCAGCGAACAAGUUUCAGUAAAAUUGGAAUUAAGCAGUCUUUCGAUAGAAAACCUAAUCUUAAUUCAUAACUGAACUCUAGUAGAAAUGACAAUGAUUAGAGCUUGUUCAAUAAUCAACUAAACAGUCAUAGAAGAAAUAUUCAGCAGUAGUAGUAGUAGCAGUAAUAGUACUCUCAGUCUAUAUAAUAUAAUCCAUUCCCUUCAGUUAGUAAUCUAGCUCCAACCAAUGUUUAAGCUCAGAGUUUUAAUGGAUCUAGUAAUGCUAAGAAUGUUUUAUAGUCGAGCUAUAAUAACGGUUAGACACCUGGAGGCAGUGGUGGAGGUGUCUAGCAUCAUCACACUCGACACAAAACAGACAUUGGUUUAGCUCUGAAUGAAAUGAGGAACUCAAUGGACUUUGGAAAUAAUAAGAGAAAUAUUGGCUAACAGCUUGCAAGUUAUAACUAAGUAAGUGCUAAUAGUGGAAGUUACAGUGGCAAUCAAAACACUCAGCAGAGCAAUAGCUUUAACAAUGGUGGAGGUGGUAAUAGUGCUAAUAACUAAAAUCUAAAUAGUCAAGCAUUACUUCAAUAUGGCAAUCAAAUAUUUCCUACAGAUCCAAUGUUCUAAAAUGCCCCUAAUUUGAUUGUCAACAACACUUAAAAUCAAAGUAAUUAUUCAUCUCACCCAUUAUUAUUAGAGAUUGUAUAUUUUGAGAUAGUAGGCAGUCAAGGUGUUCAUGCUAGAAAUAAAUCAAAUGAUGUGGUAGUUAACACAGGAAGUAUAUCUAAUAGAGACGUCCAAGAAAAACUUAGUAAAAUUUACCUUGAAAACAAUCACAAGGGAAAACUAAAAAAAGUCCCAAAAGCAUACCUUUAAAAAGUAAUUGCUGAUAGCAGAAGACCUAGAGUGAGUGAUGGAGGAAUUAGCUAAAACAUAAUAAAUACAUCUUUCUAGCAGAUGCAGUAGAAACGGCCAAUAUGA